GAUCCCAUUAUCCCAGCCUUGGCUGCUUGCUCUCCUCCCCCCCUCUCAUCAUGUCUCUCCUCCUCCUCCUCCUCUGUCUCUCUCCCAGGACGUCGGCUGAUCCGGGGCCGCCAGGGAAGGGCUUGGGGGGCUGCAGGAAGGGAGCUGGAGCUCCGGCGGUGGCCUGGCUGGUGUUAUUUUGUAUUAAAAUGAGGAGGAGGAAGAAGAAGCAGCAACAUCAACAACCAGAGCAACAGCAGCAGCAGCAGCAGCACUUGCAGCAGAAGCAGCAUCCCUAAUAACCAGAGCAAUAAUAGAAGCCAGAGUGUAGGGAACGGCGGCAGCAGCAGGAGGAGGAGGAGUGAUGAGUCAAUACAACUAAUAAUUUAAUGGGGACACACAAACGCAGAGAGAGAGAGAGACACAGAAGCAGCAGCAGCAAAGCAGCUCUGGACAAACAAACACACACACACUCAGCAGACACACUCUCUGCUACACAACCUCCCGAAACAGCAGCUACAACAACAACAAACCGGCCUGGAAAAACAAUAGCAACAACAACAACAACAACAUUAUCUAAACAACCCAAACAAGAACUCCUCAUUAUCUGCGUGCCUAUUGUUAAAUAAUGCAUGAAUUGAAGAGAGCAAAGCAGCCCAGAGCCAGGACAGAAGAGAAGACACAUUUUUGCCUUCAUUUUACCAAACUACUGAGCAGUUUCUUUUGAUCUCUCCUCCUCCACUUCUCCCCCUCUUUUUUUUCUCUCUUUUGAUAUCACGAGGGGGAGUGAGCUUAUCUUUCACUUUGCUGGCUUUUAUUUAUUUAUUUAUUUAUUUUUCUGAUCAUUAUUAUUUUCCUCUUCACCACCCCUCCUUCCACCCCAAAAGGAUACCUCCCAUCUACUUGUACACGAAGAGAGGGAGAAAGCAGGUCACCCUCGCUCUUUAUUUUUAUUUAUAUUUAUUUCUCUUCCCCCUAGAAACCUUACGAUAAAAAGUAGGGAUCUAAGAGCACCACUGUUGCUUAUAAUAAUUUUUUAUUUUACUUUUUUUUUUAGAUCUAUAGAUUAAUCUCUGUGAUAUUCUAGAAAGAAAGUUUGAUGCUCUAAGUAUCCAUUGUCAGGGAUUGUGCAGUUGGAUCACUCUGACAUCAACUAUAGAUAUUUUUCUUCCCCUUUUUUUUAACCCCCUUUUAAAUGUCCCCUUCACUGUGAAGAGAAUUCCUAGUUGUCCCUGAUGUCACCAUGCUGUGGCUCUUCCUGAUUGCGAGCUUCCAAGACACCUCACCAGCUGUCAUACGCCUCUCCCUUUAAGAAGCAUCUCAUUUCGCCAUUAUUAGUACAUUUGUAUAUAUAAUAAUUUUAAUUUAUUUCUUUAUAUAUCCGGUUUCCUCCUCAAAAAAACGUCAGCCCCCCCCCCCCCCCCUUUUUGUCCCCAUUUUGCAGCUCUUUAAUUGCACAUUGUGUUAAUGCUUGACGUUGAUUUACUCCCUCCCCCCUCUUUGGGGAGAGCAUAUUAGGAAAUAUAGAUACAUUACAACAACAAAAAAAACUAAACAUUUCAGGGUAAUGUCAUCAGGAGGACUGCCACUAAAAAGGAUCUAACAAGGAGAGAAAAAAAAACCCCACGCAUGAACUUCUCGUCCACAAACCCACUGCAAGGAAGCUGUGCUUUCUUUUUCAGUUAUAUGCUGUCACGUUUUGAAGUGGUGAUCCUUAGAGGCGGGACUGAGCAUGGAUCAUUCGAACGAGACAACUCAGGGGAUAGAACAUUCAGAAAUGUCUAACAAUGUAAACGACCCAAAGGGUCCACCUGCUAAAAUUGCCCGCCUUGAGCAGAAUGGAAGUCCUAUAGGAAGAGGGAGACUUGGAAGCACAGGAGGAAAAAUGCAAGGGGUGCCACUUAGACACUCUGCACACAUGAUGAGAAGUAAUAUCAGAAAAGGGAACAUGCUUCCAGUUUUCUGUGUCGUGGAACAUUAUGAAAAUUUCAUUGAGUACGACUGCAAAGAGGAACAUGCAGAAUUUGUAUUGGUUAGGAAAGACAUGCUGUUUAACCAGUUGAUAGAAAUGGCUCUACUAUCGCUUGGAUACUCUCACAGCGCAGCUGCUCAGGCCAAAGGACUAAUCCAGGUCGGAAAGUGGAAUCCGGUUCCUCUCUCCUGUGUAACAGAUGCUCCCGAUGCUACUGUAGCAGACAUGCUUCAAGAUGUGUUUCAUGUGGUCACACUGAAAAUACAGCUUCACAGUUGCCCUAAACUAGAAGACUUGCCUCCUGAACAGUGGUCCCACAUAACAGUACGCAAUGCCCUGAAGGACUUACUGAAAGAUAUGAACCAGAGUUCCUUGGCUAAGGAGUGCCCCCUGUCACAGAGUAUGAUUUCUUCCAUUGUGAACAGCACUUACUAUGCAAAUGUCUCAGCAGCAAAAUGUCAAGAAUUUGGAAGGUGGUAUAAACAUUUCAAGAAGACAAAAGAUAUGAUGGUUGAUAUGGAAGAUCUAGCUGAAUUAUCUCAACAAAAUUCCAAUCAUGCGAACUUUGGUCAGCAGCCCGUUCCUGUUAACACUCCCGAAAAGCCUUCCUCCCCUGUACAGCAUGCUCACGGUGGCCAGCCAUCUGUGCGCACCCCACUUCCAAACCUGCACCCGGGACUUGUAUCUACCCCCAUCAGCCCUCAGUUAGUAAAUCAGCAGCUGGUAAUGGCACAGUUACUGAACCAGCAAUAUGCAGUGAACAGACUUUUAGCCCAGCAAUCCUUAAACCAACAGUACUUGAACCAUCCUCCUCCUGUCAGUAGAUCAAUCACCAAGCCUUUGGAGCAGCAGGUAUCACCCAACACAGAGGUGUCUUCCGAUAUCUACCAGUGGGUCCGUGAUGAAUUGAAAAGAGCAGGAAUAUCGCAGGCAGUAUUUGCACGUGUGGCUUUCAACAGAACUCAGGGCUUGCUCUCAGAAAUACUGAGAAAGGAAGAAGACCCCAAGACUGCGUCACAAUCUCUAUUGGUAAACCUUCGAGCGAUGCAGAAUUUCUUACAGUUACCAGAGGCCGAACGAGACCGUAUUUACCAGGAUGAAAGGGAAAGAAGUCUCAAUGCAGCAUCCACCAUGGGUCCAGCCCCUUUGAUAAGCACACCACCAAGCCGUCCUCCACAGGUAAAGACGGCUACUAUUGCAACAGAGCGAAACGGAAACCUGGAGAAUUGCAGCAUGAAUAUUAAUGCUUCCAUUUAUGAUGAGAUCCAACAGGAAAUGAAACGAGCUAAAGUAUCCCAGGCACUAUUUGCAAAGGUUGCAGCUUCCAAAAGCCAGGGGUGGCUGUGUGAACUGUUACGAUGGAAAGAAGAUCCCUCACCAGAAAACAGGACUCUUUGGGAAAAUCUCUCAAUGAUUCGAAGGUUCCUUAGUCUUCCUCAGACAGAAAGAGAUGUAAUUUAUGAGCAAGAGAGCAAUGCAGUUCAUCAGCACACUGAAAGGCCAUCUCAUGUGAUCCAUGUUUCUGCUGAACAGAUUCAGCAGCAACAGCAGCAGCAGCAACAACAACAGCAACAGCAGCAGCAGCAACAGCAGCAGCAACCACCACCACCUGGUCCCAGGUUGCCACCAAGGCAGCCAACUGUGGCAUCUCCAGCUGAAUCAGAGGAUGAAAACCGCCAGCAAGCUCGUCCACGAACAAAGAUCUCGGUGGAAGCAUUGGGCAUUUUGCAGAGUUUUAUUCAAGAUGUUGGCCUUUACCCAGAUGAAGAAGCUAUCCAAACUUUGUCCGCUCAGCUUGAUCUACCCAAGUACACGAUCAUCAAAUUUUUCCAGAAUCAACGAUACUAUCUUAAACACCACGGCAAGCUGAAAGACAAUUCGGGCUUAGAAGUGGAUGUUGCAGAGUAUGAUGACGAAGGGCUGCCGAAGGAUUCAGAAGAAAGGAUCCAGGACAAAAGUACUAAUGCACUGUUUUCAGUUAAACUUGAAGACGAUUUAACUGGAGAAGGGAAUACAGACAUCACUGCAGACCUGAAAGACUUAUCUUAAAGUAUUAUUAUAAUUAUUUUUAUUCAGAUGUUCCACUGGUAUUACUAAUUACAAUUCCAUCCAAUGUACAGUCUGUAAUAUUUUAUUGUACAUUGUUCGGCCAAUGAAUCCUGAAACCGAAAAAAAAAAAAAAAACUUGCACAAAACACGGAAACGAUGCAGACUACAUUAAAUGUUUUACCGCUGUCUACGAACUGUUCUUAGCUCCAGAUAAGAACUUGGAAAAUUGUUUGAUAUGUAUGUCCACUGGAUAGGCCACAAUGUAUUGGAUGAGCAUGCGUCUAGUGCAGGCGAUUUCAAAUCUGGAGUUCAAAUACGCAUACGAACCUUCACUGUUUUUUAUUAUUGUUUUUGUUUUUUUCUGUUUGCUUUGUUUAUUGUUUCAUAUUCUCCUGGUACUAUUCCACACUUGAUCUUCAGAAAGUCACACUUCUAUAAAUAAGAGAGUAUGUUACUCUUGCACAGUUGUAGAGUUAGAAAAACUCUAUGCUGUGAAAUGCAGUUUAAAGUGAUAACAUGCCAACAAAUGCCUUGUGUUAUAUGGCACUGCCGUUACUUUUUUUUUUUAAUAAAAGGUCACUGUAAUUUAAUUGAUUUUUUUUUGUUUGUUUUCCAUUGAUAUAGAAGUUAUUAAAGGAAUAAACCGUGAACGUUUAGUCCCAUUUACUUAUCUGUAGAUCUUGCAAGUUCAAGUUGUAAUUAUAUUUUGGGGAAAAUUUUGUUAUAUGUAAUAUUGCUUAUCUUUGUUAUCAUACUGAUUCUAUUUUGUUUUUGUUUGUUGUUUUUGUUUGUUUUUUUUAUUUAUAUAUGCAUUUUGAUGGGCAGUAAAACAAAGUGUCUUAAAAGUUUUAAAUAGAGAAAAUGUGCUUUACAGAGUUGCCUAUAAAAAAAAGUGCUCUAUGUUAUUCAAGCAAUUCAUAAUAUAAGCUUCACUCUUAUUGUGGUAUGCAAUUUUUACUAUCAUGCAAACAAGCUUAGGUAAAUAAAACUAAUAGAUCACCUUAGAAACUUAUGCAAUUAAUGUGAAAAUAAUUGAUGUUUGCAAUGUGUCUUCCCUUGGUUUACAAUCAAUUUUCAAGCUACAUCUGUACAAAGUUUCUGUAUAAAGGUGUAUUUCUUUUUUUAUGAGUUUAUUGCUAUGAAAACACCAGUUAUUUUGUUACAGCUGGCUGUUUUUAUAAAUGUAUCACAAUUUUCUUUAUGCAAAGAUGUUCUGACUAGGAGUGGUUAUUGACUGUAACUACACAAUUAAAAUUGUUUGUAUGGUAUGAUAUAA